AUGUCCGUCACCGUCACCGAAGAACCGGCGACGAUGCUGGCCUGGGAGAAGAACCCACUGGCGCUUCCAUUGCCCAAGGUUGAGAAGCCUGCUGAGACGCUAUGGCAACGGAUCAAGUGGGAAAGCAUGAUUGUUCUCACUGUCUCCCCGAUAAUAGGUCUAUACGGGCUUCUCUUUGUGCCCUUGCAGACCAAGACAUUGUGGUGGUCAGUCUUCCUGUACUGGUUCAGCAUCAUCGGCUCAACCGCCGGCUCCCACAGACUCUACUCCCACCGCUCCUUCAAAGCCUCCACCCCCCUCCAGAUUUUCCUCCUCAUCGGCGGCACCUGCGGCGUCCAAGGCUCGGCCUUCUGGUGGGCUCGCGAGCAUCGCGCCCACCACCGCUACACCGACUCGGACCUCGACCCCCACUCCGGAAAAGAAGGCUUCUGGUGGACGCACGCCGGCUGGAUCCUCUUCAGGCGAGACAUCCAAGCCGGCCCCACAGACGUCUCCGACCUCAAGAAGAACAAGCUCGUCAUGUUCCAACACCGUCACUACUUCAAGCUCUUCCCCUUCCUGGCCUACGUCAUGCCAGCGGCAGUAGCAGGAUACUUCUGGGGUGACUGGGCAGGCGGCAUCUGCUACGCGGCCAUGCUCAGGCUGACGAUCGUCCAGCACAGCAUCAUGUGCAUCAACUCCCUUGCCCACACCUUUGGCGACGCCCCAUUUGACGACAAGCACACUCCCCGCAACCACUUUUUUACGGCCAUCGUCACUGCCGGGGAGGGGUACCACAACUUCCACCACCAGUUCCCUGUUGACUACCGCAAUGGGAUCAAGUGGUAUCAGUACGACCCGACAAAAUGGUUCAUCUACCUCAGCUCCCGGCUUGGGUUGUCGACGCAGCUGCAGACUUUUCCCCAAAACGAAAUCAGCAAGGGGGAGCUGACCAUGACGCUGAGAAGACUGAAGGAGAAGCAGGAGGAUAUCAAAUGGCCGGCUAGGCCGGACAAGCUCCCGCUUGUGAGCUGGGAGACGUUUCAGAGGGAGGCGAAGAAGAAUUCGCUGAUUUUGAUCAAUGGGUACAUCCAUGACGCGAGCGAAUUUGAGAAUAAACACCCUGGCGGAAAGGCGAUUAUUAGGGCGAGGGUGGGGAAGGAUGCGACAGCUGCGUUUGGAGGGGGGGUUUAUGAGCAUAGCAAUGCUGCGCAUAAUUUGCUCGCGAUGAUGAGAGUUGCUGUGCUCGAGGGGGGUGUUGAGCAUGUCAAGUAUGUGACGCCGGCGGAGAGGUUGAGAAUUAUUGAGCAUUAUAAGGAGGAGGAAAGCCAUUAA